AUGUUUGAAAUUCUCUCCUGGCUGACACAAUGUUGGGGCGCGAGGCCGAAGACGCCUGAGCAGUGCAGCGCCCUUCCGCUACCCGGAUCUGACGGGGAUUGCCUCUACGUGAAUGAUGUUAAGCACGUCAAGAGAAUUUAUAAGGUCUAUAGUGACGACGCGCUAAUCAAGGUUCAGACCAAGCUCGGUAAGGAGAAACUUGGGCUCUGCUCUCUCGAAGAGCUGCGGCGGAUGCCAGGAGUGAAGACAGCUGUUGCAAUGGGCGGAAUAAAUAUUCCCCCGGAUUUUGAAGCCUCAAUCUGGCCCUACGAAACUUAUAGCAUACACGAGUACCUCCUAUGUGAACAGGCGAUAGCCGUUAUCCCGAAUCGCGACCGGGACACGUUCGAACAAUACCGAAAGAUGGAGGAGAGCGGACCCCGGCAGCCGCCAAGAGUGAAGGCCAGUGAGAGCUACAAUGACUGGAGCCUCGAUUGA